AGAUGAAGAAGAAAUGGGUCCUUCUUAAUGUGACGUUUCAUUUCUGGCCGGAAAUUACUAUUGCUCAGGUUGCUCGGAUCAAAGAAGAAAUAUGCUGUCAAUAUUUAACUCAAUACCCACGCACAUGGAUUAUAAAGGCCAGAAAUUGGCUGAACAGAUUUUCCAAGGGAUAAUCAUCAUCUCUGCGGUGGUUGGAUUUGUGUAUGGUCUCAUCAUUCAACAAUUUGGAUGGACUGUAUACAUAGUCCUGACUGGAUUUGUUGUCUCAUGCAUUAUGACCCUGCCCCCAUGGCCAAUGUACAGAAGGAAUCCCCUGCCUUGGCAGCCUGUAAUACCAGAGACCAGUGCAGAGUCCAGUCAAAAGAAAAAGAAGCAUAAAUAACUCCUAAUCAUCUUUCUAUUGUUACAUCAUUGUACAUUGGAAAUGUUUUUUUGAUUUAUCUCACAACCCACGUGUUACACUGAAAUAUGUGUCCAAUAAAAUUUGUGUGUGGUCGA